UGACUUUAGUAGGGUCGCGUAUUUCACCACCGUCAGGUUAGCGGACAUUGAUGGUACAAUUUGAGCGGCAUACUUUUGUUGUAUAAUAAUCCUUACUCACAUUCACGGAAAAAUUAAAGAAAUUUGCGUUUCGGAUAAUCGUGGUGAGAGUGUUCUGAAAUUUGGAUGAUAAUUAAAAACUGUUGAUUUCAAGAACAUAUUACCGUUUUAUCACUUGUUAGAAGUGCGUCAGAAAGUAUACAGUAUAAUUAAAUUCAUUACCGAAGUUAAUUCCGUUGUAGCUUUUAUUGAUGGUUGCCAGAUUCCAAUAAUUGAAUUGAUAUUCAGCAGGGUUAAUUAAAUUCGAAUCGUUCCAUACAAAUAUUGAUACCUAUGUCAUUUCGAAAUCCUAUAUUAAACAGAAUACAGCCAAUAUUACAAGCAAUUUCAGAAUCGUUAAUUAGCGGAUGAAAAAUGCUUUGAUAUAAUGUAGAAUGUCAUGGUACUAUCAUUGUUUCACGUGCGUCGAACAGUCGUUACAUGAUCUUGUCAAACUUACAGUAAUCAGUGCUUAACCCGAGUAUAAAACAUCAAGAUCCAAGCACACCAUUUUUCAAUAUCAUGUGUCCAUCCUCCCAAAAUCUGCACAUAUGCAGCAGCAAAACAGCCGUGAGUUGAGUGCUUGCCGAGAAGCUUGAUAAUGAACCGUACAGUCACUUACUCGACAAGCUUUAAAGACCCCAAUCAAUAAAGCCGAUAUGAAAGCAGCUAUACAUCAUCAACUUAUUUUUAAUCAUACUGGUACAAAAAGAACAAUUUUUCACACACCUUGUGGAAUAAGCAAUAUCUGAGAACGAGCUGCAGCAGUUCCGGCAGAUCCAAAUGAGACUUGAAUCUAAAGGCGAAUAAUGAGGAAUGCAAUCUUGAACGCGAUCCUGGUGCCGAUGGUGCUGACGACAUUUUGGCUCAUCCAAUUAGUCCAGGCUGGUUACAGUUGCAAGGAAUCGAAGCUCUGCUGCUCCGGAAGAGACUCGGCGUGUGUUGUCCAGAAGACGUCUCCGUAUGCGAUUAUUGAAGGCCCUCAGGAUAAGCCUUGCUACUGCGAUCACGCAUGCCUAAAGUUGGGAGACUGUUGCAACGAUUUUAAGGAAACAUGUGGUGUUGUCGACUGCACAGUAUCAACUUGGGGCUCAUGGUCAACCUGUGACAGGAAGUGCGGUCCAGGUACGCAAACCAGAUCCCGGACCAUCCUGAAUGCUGAUAAAAAUGGAGGAAAACACUGUCCACAGCUUGAGCAGAGCAGAAUUUGCCACGGCAGUGAAGAUUGUCAACGACGUAAUUACAGCAUUCCACUGAAAGAAGUCGCUUUGUUGGUACCAAAAAAUUUGGACGGUUCGCGAAACAGUAACGAUGAAAAUACGAUUUCGAACGGGUACUGCGUCUCGUUUAAGGUCAUCAAAGCCACGAAAGCUUGCCGUAAGGACCCAACUUUAGCGACGCUGAGCGAAGGUGCCGAGGUCUGCGUACGAUGUCAAACCCGUGCCCUGCGGCGUGUUUUGAACAGGCGAUGUCAGGGGGAUGGAGAACAACUGGGAGGGAACAGAUGGAGCGUUUUGUCAUCAGCUCACUGUCACGGCAGGUGGAAACGCACCUUGAAAACUGGCCCCGAAUGCGAAGAUCUCGCAUGUGGUUCUGAGGCGAUCUUCCUUUUCGUAUAAAUCGGUUACCUCGGAAGGAAAAGUAACGCACCAUACAGAGGAGCUCCUUCAAUCAAUGGCUCAUCCCCUGUACAUAGAGAAGUUAUGCGGUUCGAAAUAAUUCAAUUUCAAAGUUUCACGCAUGGCAAGAUGGAAAUUUAAUCAAUUAGUUGCCAAGGAUUGAGAGACUCGGGGAGAUCUCUCGGGGUAUCCAACAAGUCGACGAACUGAUUUUACUCACUCAACUUGAUAUAUUUCUCCCGCAUGGGGAUUUAUUUAACCUGAAUCUUUCUUAAAUCGUGUAAUUGGAUCCUAUUGAUACUCCGAUCGGUUGUACAUAUAUAGAUAGAUGAAUUAAUACACCAACUUAAUCACCAUGUAUAAGACUUGUAUUUAAUGCAUAAGUAUAAGAGAUAAUUAGCUUGUAAGUCGUGCAAUACUAAUUGAAAUAUUCAAGUAACGAAAGUUAUUUUAAACCCUGUAACCACAUAUCAUCGUUGGUUUUCAAAUAAAAUAUUUCU